GGUUUUUGUCGGUUUCCUUACUCAGAUACAAUCUAAUCAGUGCAACCGUUUAUAGCAAACAAGACACUAAAACCUUAGCUUGUACUUUGAUCAUCCAUGGCCACCGUGAUUCUCGUGACUGGAGGCACUGGCCUCGUAGGAAAAGCCAUCCAACAUAUCAUCGACACUGAACCAGAGGGAUCUCGGUUUGGAAAGAGACCAAAUGAGACUUGGAUAUUCGCAAAUUCUCGCGAGGCAGAUCUCAGGGACCCGGAGGAGACAAAGAAGUUGUUCGAGAAAUACAAGCCAACUCAUGUUAUCCAUUUGGCUGCUCUCGUCGGAGGGCUUUUCAAGAACAUGAAAUACAAACUAACGUUCUUGCGAGACAACAUCCUGAUCAACGACAAUGUCCUCCACACAUCGUACAAAUUCAACACCCAAAAGGUCAUUUCCUGCCUCUCCACUUGCGUUUUCCCCGACAAGGUUGAAUAUCCACUUGACGAAAACAAAAUCCAUAGCGGACCACCCCACGAAAGUAACUUUGGCUAUGCCCAUGCGAAGCGGAUGGUGGAUGUUCAGAAUCAUGCAUACCAGGAAGAAUUUGGAUGCAACUUCACAUCUGCGAUUCCGACCAAUGUCUUCGGUCCACACGAUAACUUCGAUCUAGAGGACUCGCAUGUCAUCCCAGGCUUGAUCCAUAAAUGUUACCUCGCGAAGAAGAAUGGUACUCCCUUUGUCGUGUCUGGUACAGGAAAGCCCCUCCGACAGUUCAUCUACUCUCAUGAUUUGGCGAAACUAUUCAUCUGGCAGCUUCGCGAAUACGAUGAUGUUGAGCCUGUUAUUCUCUCGGUUGGCGAAAACGAGGAGGUCAGCAUAAAAGAGGUCGCAGAUGCUAUUGUCAAAGCAGUCGGUUUCACCGGAGAAUAUUCCUUCGAUACAACUCGCGCAGAUGGGCAAUUCCGCAAGCCAGCAUCAAACGCCAAGCUUCUUGGGCUUAUGGGAGGUUUCACGUUUACUCCUUUCGACAAAGCUCUCGACUCAACUGUCCAAUGGUUCUUGCAGAACUAUAACAAUGCCAGGACAGGGAAGACCAACUAACGGUGUCUUCGAGCCAAAUCGAUUUAUGAAGAAGUACAUUUCGUAGACCAAUUGUAUUGCGUGUUGUAUGAAUCAUCCUGAUUUUGUACUCCGUGGUUCGAUACUAGUAACAUUCAGCGACUACCUUGAAGAAAUCUCAACAGACAGUCGUUCUACAGUUGUAAAUCCAUGAAUUAUCUUAUCACUUAUACGUACACCAA